AUGGUGGACGAUGACGACAAGGUGGCGACGGGGAAUGGGGAUGGGCGCACGGACGGGGCCCAGGCGGUCAGGACGCGGCGAUCUCCGCUUCUCCACGUGUGUCCAUUCAUACUGGGAUGCGAGUUCGGCGAGCGGCUGGCUUUCUAUGGGAUCCUGACCAACUUGGUUGUCUAUUUGCUGAUGGUCGGUUUCACGAAUCUUGAGGCUGCAACACUGGUUCCGCUCUUCGUAGGCAGCUGCUAUGUGACGCCACUCCUCGGUGGCUAUCUUGCAGAUACAUGGUUGGGUCGAUACAAAACUAUUUUGUAUUGCGCGUUGAUCUACGUGAUGGGCAUCGCUCUGCUCACUCUGAGUGCUGGAGUGAAAGGACUCCAUCCUGAGGAGAAUGAGAGAAUCAACCGGGGUCAGGCAGCUUUCUUAUUUUUCUCGCUGGCGCUCAUAGCUCUGGGAACAGGUGGCAUAAAGCCAAACGUGUCAUCCUUUGGUGCUGACCACUUUGAUGAAAACAACCCACAGGAAAAGGGACAGAAGGACUCAUUCUUCAACUGGUUCUACCUUGCUAUCAACAUCGGCUCCCUUGUGGCCUCCACUGUCAUUGUGUAUGUUGAGGUUAACAUCAGUUGGGCUCUUGGAUUCUUGCUCACUGGCAUUGCGAUGGCAUUGGCAGUUAUUGUGCUUGUGUUGGGCAGCCCCAGUUAUCAACAUCGUGAGGUUGCUGAGUCGCCACUUGCUCGCAUAGCAAACAUCGUAGCUGCCGCACUCAUCGCGGGGGGACCCAGACAGCUGUAUCGCCAUAGGAAUGCAGCAGGUGGUGCUGCCACAAGUGAUAGCAAGCCAUUGUUGGCUGACCACACAGAAGACGGUGAUGGCAGGCAUCAGGACCAAGAAGAUGUUCAUGGAGCCAUCAGGGAUCCGCGCCCCCACUGGCUUGAUGCUGCAAUUGGCAACUUCACUAGUGAACAGGUGGAUGAGGCAAAACUGGUGCUCGGUGUGAUGCCCGUGUUCUUCACAACAGUUUUGUAUUGGACUGUGUACAGCCAGAUGUCUACCCUCUUUGUCCAACAGGGUACCCUUAUGAAUCUCAGCCUUGGCAGGUACACAAUACCUGCAGCAUCUCUUUCUGUGUUUGAUGUGCUAGCCAUUGUCGUUCUUGUCCCCAUAUACGAUCGUCUGAUUGUUCCACUCCUGAGGCAGUGCAACAGAGAGCCAACACAAUUGCAGCGAAUUGGGGCCGGUUAUGCCGUGGCCAUGGUUACAAUGGUCAUAUCUUUUGCAAUUGAGAGGGAGCGGCUGAGGAGGUUCAAAGAGGGAGAUAUUGUAGCAGGGCAGGAGACGCACAGUGAAGCGCAGGCUGUGGAUAUGAGUGUCUGGUGGCAGGUUUUCCAAUACUUGGGAAUUGGCACGAGUGAAGUUUUGUCGGCCAUAGGCCAACUGAAUUUCUUCUACAAUCAGGCGCCCACUUCCAUGCGCAGCUGCAUGAUGGCCGUCCAGCUGCUGAGUGGAGCACUGGGAAGCUACUCUGCCAGCCUUUUGGUCUUGGCAAUAAAUCACCUAACAGAAAGCAUCUCAGGAAUGCCAUGGAUACCUGCAGAUUUGAACUGUGGCAGGCUGGAUCUCAUGUACUUGACGCUUGGUGGUAUUAUGCUUGUGGACACGAUUUGGUUCGUGCACGUCGCAAUGCGGUACGAAUACAAAGAGGUCGUAAGCGACGACGCUCCCAGGCAGAUGGGCAUCGGGCCAGACCCCAGCGCAGCUGGUACUGGAGAAGACCAGCCCCUGAUUGCGCCGGACGUGUCAACGUCAGAAAACGUGACGGGAGCAUCAGAGGUAUGA